GCGCGGCAGCCGAAAGUCCCGCCCCCAGUUGGUCCCGGGCUCCUUUCCCGCCAUGGCGGAGCUGCUGGAGCUGCCGCGGACGCGGAUCGGAGCCGCGCAUGUGGCGCACUUCAUCGACCGGCCGGUGUGCUUCGUGGGGCGGCUGGAGAAGAUCCACCCCAGCGGGAAGUCUUUCAUCCUGUCCGACGGGGAAGGCAAGCAGGUCACCGUGGAGCUCUCGGAGCCUCUCGAAGAGGAGCUUUCCGGCGUCCUGGAAGUUGUCGGCAAAGUGACAGCCAAGGCCACCAUCUUGUGCGCGUCCUACAUGCUCUUCAGAGACCACAACAACAGCUUUGACCUCAGGCUCUACAACGACGCUCUCAAAAUCAUCCACGAGUUCCCGCAGUAUUACCCGUUUGGGGCCACGCAGCAGAACUGACGGCGCGGGAUCCGCUUCCGGCGGGGGGCGUCCCCCUCUGACCCGCGGCACCGGUGGUGACCCCGUGUCUGACUAGCUUAACUCUGGGCUCUCGGGCCUGCAAACGAUCCUUUUAUUAAUAAAAAAGAACAAUCAUGUGCUCUUGAA